AUGUGCCUCAUGCAGGCUGGUCCCGCUGUGAGCGGAAAGGCCUUUGACAUCACAUAUGUGCGCCUAAAGUUUCAUACCAGUCGGCCGGAGAGCUUUGCAAUCUACAAACGCACCAGGGAAGACGGCCCAUGGGUGCCCUACCAGUAUUACAGCGGCUCCUGUGAGAGCACGUAUCACAAAGUCAACCGUGGCUUUAUUCGGACUGGGGAGGAUGAGCAGCAGGCGCUCUGCACGGAUGAGUUCAGUGACAUCUCCCCUCUCACGGGGGGCAACGUGGCGUUCUCAACGCUGGAGGGCCGUCCCAGUGCCUAUAACUUUGACAACAGCCCUGUGCUACAGGAAUGGGUGACAGCUACAGAUAUUAGAGUGACCCUCAAUCGUCUGAACACGUUUGGAGAUGAAGUUUUCAAUGACCCAAAAGUUCUCAAGUCUUAUUACUAUGCGAUUUCUGAUUUUGCUGUGGGUGGUAGAUGCAAAUGUAAUGGGCACGCGAGUGAGUGUGUGAAGAAUGAGCUUGGGAAGCUGGUCUGCAACUGCAAGCACAACACCUUCGGGGUCGACUGUGAAAAGUGUCUUCCUUUCUUCAAUGACCGACCAUGGAGGAGAGCGACAGCAGAGAGUGCCAAUGAGUGCUUGCCUUGCGACUGCAAUGGGAGGUCGCAGGAGUGCUACUUCGACCCUGAGCUGUACCGCUCGACGGGCCAUGGGGGCCACUGCACGGGCUGCUCCGAUAACACCGACGGCGCCCACUGCGAAAGGUGCCGGGACAGCUUCUAUCGCCUGGGGAGCGAGGAGGGGUGUCUGCCCUGCAGCUGCAGCCCCGUCGGCUCCCUCAGCACGCAGUGCGACAGCUAUGGCCAGUGCAGCUGCAAACCCGGCGUGAUGGGCGAGAAGUGCGACCGGUGCCAGCCAGGCUUCCACUCCCUGUCUGAAGCCGGGUGCAGGCCCUGUUCUUGCGAUCUGGCUGGCAGCACAGGGGAAUGCAACGUCGAGACAGGACGGUGUACAUGCAAGGACAGUGUUGAAGGCUUCCACUGCGAGAGAUGCAAACCUGGAUUUUUCCAUCUGGAUUCCUCCAAUCCAAGGGGCUGUACCCCCUGCUUCUGUUUUGGACACUCUUCAGUCUGCACCAAUGCCAUCGGCUACAGUAUCUACAGCAUCACCUCCAGCUUCCAGUUUGGAGAGGAUGAGUGGCGUGCUGAGCAGCGUGAUGGCUCGGAAGUCUUACUCCAGUGGAGUGCCGAGACCCAGGAUAUCUCUGUUAUCUCAGACAGCUACUUCCCCAUGUACUUUGUUGCACCACGCAAGUUCUUGGGCAACCAGGUUUUGAGUUAUGGGCAAAACCUGACCUUCUCCUUCCGUGUGGACAGGCGGGACACGCGCCUCUCUGCAGAGGACCUGGUGCUGGAAGGGGCUGGGCUGAGAGUGUCAGUGCCGCUGAUUGCCCAGGGCAACCCCUACCCCAGCGAGAACGCGCUUACCUAUACCUUCAGGCUCCAUGAAGCUACAGAUUACCCAUGGAGGCCUGCUCUUACGGCAUUUGACUUCCAGAAGCUUCUCCACAACUUGACUUCCAUCAAGAUCCGUGGGACGUACAGCGAGAGAAGUGCCGGCCACCUGGAUGACGUUACCAUCACAAGCGCUCGUCCUGGACCUGGCGUGCCUGUGGCCUGGGUGGAGAGCUGUUCCUGUCCGGUGGGAUACGAGGGGCAGUUUUGCGAGCGCUGCUCCUCCGGGUACCGGCGAGAGACGCCGAGCCUCGGGCCGUACAGCACCUGCGUGCCUUGCAUGUGCAAUGGGCACAGCGAGACGUGCGAACCUGAGACGGGCGUGUGCAAUUGCAGGGAUAACACGGCGGGGUCUCACUGUGAGAAGUGCAGUGAUGGGUAUUACGGAGACGCGACAGCGGGCACGGCCUCAGACUGCCAGCCCUGCCCAUGCCCAGGCAGCUCGAGCUGUGCCAUCGUGCCCCGCACAAAAGAGGUGGUGUGCACCAGCUGCCAGGUUGGCACUACAGGCAAGAGGUGCGAGCUGUGUGACGACGCCUAUUUCGGAGACCCGCUGGGCGCAAACGGUGCUGUGAGGCCUUGCCGCCUCUGCCAGUGCAACGACAACAUCGACCCCAACGCCGUGGGGAACUGCGACCGCCAGACGGGCGAGUGCCUCAAGUGCAUUUACAACACCGCCGGCUUCUACUGCGACCGCUGCAAAGACGGCUUCUUCGGAAACCCCCUGGCCCCCGAUCCUGCCGCCAAGUGCAGAGCUUGUCACUGCAAUCCCUACGGCACUGUGAAUCAGCAGACGAGUUGCAAUCAAGUGACUGGGCAGUGUGAGUGCCUGUCUCAUGUCACCGGGAGGGACUGCAGUGCCUGUGAGCCCGGCUUCUUCAACCUCCAGAGCGGACGCGGCUGUGAGAGGUGCGACUGCCAUGCCCUGGGCUCCACCGACGGCCAGUGCGACAUCCGAACCGGGCAGUGCGAGUGCCAGCCAGGCGUCACCGGCCAGCGUUGCGACAAAUGCGAGGUCAACCACUUUGGCUUUGGCUCCGAAGGCUGUAAACCCUGCGAUUGUGAUCCUGAGGGUUCGCGCUCCCUGCAGUGCCGGGAGAACGGUCUCUGCGAGUGCAAGGAAGGCUUCGUGGGGAGCCGCUGCGACCAGUGUGAAGAGAACUAUUUCUACAACCGCUCGUGGCCGGGCUGCCAAGAGUGUCCGGCCUGUUACAGAUUAGUGAAAGAUAAGGUGACGGAGCAACGAGAGAGGUUGCAAGAGCUGGAAAAUCUUAUAGCAAACCUGGGUACGGGAGAAGAAACUGUAACCGACCAAGCCUUUGAAGAGAGGUUGAAGCAGGCAGAAAGAGAUGUUACGGAGUUGCUCCAGGAAGCACAGAACAGCAAAGACGUGGAUCAGGGCCUUACGGAUCGUCUCAAAGACAUCAACAGCACACUAGCAAGUCAGCUCAACAGGCUGAGGAACAUCCAGGGCACGGUGCAGGAGACCGAGCAGCUGGCGGAGCAAGCCCGGGUGCGGGUGGAGGACACCGAGGACCUGAUCAGCUUAGCUUCUGAUAUGCUGGAGAAGGCGAAGAUGGCAGCUAACAACGUGUCCAUUACACCUCCAGAGUCAAGCGGGGACCCUAACAAUAUGACUCUAUUGGCAGAAGAGGCCCGUAAGCUGGCUGAAAGACACAGAAAAGAAGCCGAUGAAAUUGUUCGCAUAGCCAAGGCAGCAAAUGAUACCUCCACAGAAGCGUAUCAGCUGCUGCUGAAGACCCUGGCUGGAGAAAACCAAACUGCAAAUGACAUUGAUGAGCUCAACCAGAAGUAUAAUCAAGCAAGGAACAUUUCUCGAGACCUAGAGAAACAGGCCAGCAAGGUGCUUGCAGAGGCAGAGGAAGCUGGAAACAAAGCCCUGCAGAUCUAUGCUAAUCUCACCAGUCUCCCUGCUGUGGAUUCCACGGGGCUAGAGAACGAAGCAAAUAAGAUCAAGAAGGAAGCGGAGGAGUUAGAUCAGCUAAUGGCCAGGAAGCUGAAAGAUUAUGAGGACUUGAGAGAAGACAUGAAAGGGAAGGAGCUAGAAGUAAAGAACCUCUUGGAGAAAGGGAAGACGGAGCAGCAGACUGCAGACCAGCUCUUGGCUCGAGCAGAUGCAGCGAAAGCCCUGGCUGAAGAAGCUGCUCGGAAGGGCAAUGGCACGCUACAGGAGGCCAAUACCAUUCUCAGCAACCUGAAAGAUUUUGAUAAGCGGGUGAAUGAUAACAAGACAGCAGCGGAGGAGGCGCUGAAAAAGAUUCCUGCCAUUACCCAGACCAUUGCUGAAGCCAACAAUAAGACGCGCCAGGCGGAGCUGGCGCUUGGCAAUGCUGCUGCUGAUGCCCGCGAAGCCAAGACUAAAGCAGGUGAUGCGGAGAAGAUCGCUCGUUCUGUUCAGAAGAGUGCUGCUUCUACCAGAGCCGAAGCUGACAAGACUUUCGCUGAUGUGACGGAGCUGGCCAGAGAAGUGGAUGACAUGAUGAAGCAACUACAGGAUGCUGAAAAAGAGCUGAAGCGGAAGCAGGAUGAUGCUGAGCAGGACAUGAUGAUGGCAGGCAUGGCCUCACAGGCUGCCCAGGAGGCAGAAGACAAUGCAAGAAAAGCAAAGAACUCUGUGAACAGCUUGCUUGCUGUCAUUAAUGACCUGCUGGAUCAAUUAGGGCAGCUGGAGACAGUGGACUUGAACAAACUGAAUGAGAUUGAGGGUACCCUGAACAGUGCCAAAGACCAGAUGAAAGACAGCGACCUGGACCAGAAAGUGUCUUUCCUUGAGAGAGAAGCCAGGAAGCAAGACGACGCGAUACAGGCCUACAACAGGGACAUUGAAGAGAUCCUGAAGGACAUUAGCAACCUGGAGGACAUCAAGAAGACCUUGCCCUCUGGCUGUUUUAACACCCCGUCCAUUGAGAAACCCUGAGGGUGCGCUGGCGGUGGGGGUUAUUCCCCCGGUGAGCGCUGGAGCGGUGGUUUGGCUGUGGAGUGCCUUAACACACAUUACCUUCUUCAAAUCCCCAACUCUUUGCUGCUCGCAGCCACUGUUUUCUUUUCAAAUCAGGAUAAGUUGAAAGUGUUAGGUUUUUGGGGUUUUUUUUUGGUUUUUUUUUUUUUUCAAGAGAAGCAAAUUAAAUAUCCGUCUUUGGGCAUCAAAGGGGUUUUUUUUAUAUAAAUUGUCUUCCUGAGCACUCUGCCUUUGCCCCUUUCUCAGACACAGUUUCCCUUUGACUAGCACAAGGACGAGAGUUGCUCUGGACUCCUUAUACCGUGGUUCAGAAAACCAUGUGAGCUGUAUACAGCAAGGCAAAACUAACCCCACUUCCUCUCCUC